AAUCUUUGAAAUUCGGUAGUUUUGAAGAGAGAAAAUGGCGAUUGCGGCGGCUCAAAUAAAGGGCAGCGGCUGGCCAAGAAGAGCAAGCCAAAAUGCUCAGUUUGAUUCCAAAUUCGUUGGAAAUCAGUCGGUGACUAUAAAUAGGACAAUAAAUUUGUACCCGCUCACCAACUACACGUUCGGCACGAAGGAGCCGCUGUUCGAGAAGGACCCGUCGGUGCCGGCCCGCUUCCAGCGCAUGCGGGAUGAGUUUGAGAAGAUCGGGAUGCGGCGCAGCGUGGAGGGCGUGCUGCUGGUGCACGAGCACGGCCUGCCCCACGUCCUGCUGCUGCAGCUCGGCACCACCUUCUUCAAGCUGCCCGGCGGGGAGCUGAACCCAGGGGAGGACGAGGUGGACGGCCUCAAGAGACUCCUGACCGAGACGCUCGGCAGGCAAGACGGAGUGAAACAGGAUUGGAUAAUUGAGGACACGAUAGGUAACUGGUGGAGACCGAACUUUGAACCUCCGCAAUACCCCUACGUGCCGCCACACAUCACCAAGCCUAAGGAACACAAGAGGCUGUUUCUAGUCCAGCUGGCGGAGAAGGCUCUGUUCGCCGUGCCCAAGAACUACAAGCUAGUCGCCGCUCCGCUCUUCGAGCUGUACGACAACGCCCAGGGCUACGGGCCGAUCAUAUCGUCGCUGCCGCAGGCGCUGUGCAGAUUCAACUUCAUCUACAUGUGAGGGGUCCAGUCCGCACGAGGCGAAGAUGGCCGACACUACAAUGAUGAUUCCACUGGUGAAAAUAAUAAGUGUUCAUUGUUUUAUUGAGAACUUUCACGUUUGACUUGAAACAAUUUUUUUCUAAGAAAAAAAGGACAGUUUUAUCUCACAGUGCAGCAUAGGUUGGUAGUCUUGUGUUCCGGGAUGGAUCAUUUUCAGUGUCACGUGUUGCCAAAAUGCAAUCAAUGUGUCUGUUUGUGUUCGUGUGGAGGUGGAUAAUCCUCCGUCGCUGCGUUGGUCGUCGUGACUACAGUUGUGUUAUUGACACUUUUUUACUGUGUGUUUGCUUCCUACACAAUAAAUUUUAAAAUUAAUUAGAUAAUUGCUGUAGUGUGUUGCAAACGUGUUCCAACCACUUGUUCUGUAGCUAGAAGUAGUGACCGCAUAUUGCAACUGUACACUCGCCUCAGUACCGGGCGUCUGCUACGGCCACGGUGGAGACACAACUUUGGUAUUUUAAUUUUGGUCUCGAGUGAACAUUAUUUUCCUACAAGUACAUAUUCAUGUGAUUUACAAAUUAUAUAAUGAAAUAGAAUAAAAUAAAUAUUAGUUUUUACAUCA